GAGUGGAGUCAGGAGCAGCCACAAUGACGACAGAGGAAGAAGAAAAUGGCGACAGGUCUCCCCCCGCAAGAUACAUCCUCGUCUUUAUGGCUUUUCUUGGCUUCGUUAACAUCUACAUGAUGUAUUUAAACUUAAGUAUAUCCAUGCCCCUGAUGCUCAACCACACCGCCAUCCACCUCAAGUAUCUCAACCGCAGUGCGUUGGAGGAUCAAGCUGGCGUGUUCUUCGACACAGCUUUGCUCGAUGACAAUACCAUGCCCGUCGAUGGCAUGAAAUCCAUCAAAAUAUGGGAUGGAACGGAGAUAUUAUCUAAUGGGGAGGUGAAACUACCCACAAAAAAGCAUAAAGGUCGGAAUAAAAGUAGCGAUGACGAUUAUGUGACCUUGGUCGACGAAGACCUCGAUAUUGGAACUAAUAUCUCUACUGUUCGGGUCACCAUGUUAGAUCAUGCUUCAAUAUCCAAUACAUCAACUGACAAACACAAACAUCAUCAUCAUAAUCGACAUCACCAUCAUCACACAGACCAGAAAUAUACAAAAGAUCGUGAUUCAAAUGAAACUAAAACCUUUCCAAGUCUGGAAUCAAACAACAGACCAACCGUCAUCAUCAGCAAUGGUGAAGAUGGUAAUUACCUUGAAUUGACCCGGAAUGAAUCAACUACGAAGAGACGUCGGAAACGAGCCGAAGGUUCCUCCAUAAUAGUACCUGAGAACACCAGGUCAACAACGCUAAACCCCGUAGUAAGCGAGAACUCAUUAGUAAGUGAUACCGCAGUAGUAAGUGAAAUGCCAUCCGUAAAUGAUACCCCAUUGAUAAGAGAUACCGCAUUAGUAAGUGAUGCCCUAUUAGUAAGUGAAACCCCAUUACACAGAGACAUCCAAAACGUUUCUACUGGCACAUCCAGUGCCUCAGUAGAGAUUAUUUCUGCAUCCACAGACCAAACCAACGCAGGAGAAGCUGAACCAAAUACUCUGACGAUGCCUGAUACGUCAGAGAAGACUGAUCUAGAAGAAGCAACAGAUAUUGAAGAUAAGACAACAGAUAAUCCGAUUAGAACAGUAGAUGACAGUACUCCUCCGACCGCCACAACAGUCACUGCUCCAUCGUUAUUAGACUCGACGCCCACCACGACUAACACAGUGACGGAGGAAAAAAUCCCAUCUAACAAUAAAGUUGACAAAAUUUUACAUUCUUCUGCAGUGGUUUCAACCGAAAUCAGCGCUACUUUUCCAAGUGACACCGCAUCCUCUGUGGUGGUGCCAGAAAAUACCGAGUCAGUUAUUGGUAUCGAUGCCAAACCAGAACUCGCAGAGUCAAGUUAG